AUGGCCGCUCAAUCGACGCUCCAGCAUCGCGAGGACCCUCUCGUGGUGCUGUACAACUACUACGCAAACCUCACCCGAGCCCGGAUAAAGCGCUCGUCCAAAGCCGCCAAGAUCAUCGCCACCAUCGCCCUGAUCCUCUCCAUAUUGGGUUCUGGCUACGGAGGCUAUAACUGGUUUCGGGCAAGGUCAAAAGAACAUGCACGGGGACGGCGGCUACUCCGUCGAAAUUCUGGGAUCAGAGGAAAGGAUGGAACCCGGACUAUAUACGUACCUUACAAGGGAUCCAUGACCUCCAAGGUCAAGAUCUACCCGACCAAACCCACGACGUUUGAUGCGCACCGACGACUGUUCCUUAACCCUCCCGCUGCGGCACGCGCAGGUGACGGGGCGUCUACGAACCAAACGCCGCCGCCGAUGACGAAGCCAGGCUUAAACCUCGCUUUCCUGCACCAGUUCCUGAGCCUUGGAAGCAUCAUGGUGCCCAGGUGGAGUAGCAAGGAAACCGGUCUUCUGAUGAGCCAUGGUGUCUUCCUGCUCCUACGGACGUAUUUGUCUCUGCUCAUUGCACGCCUCGAUGGUGAAAUUGUGCGGGAUCUUGUCGCCGGUAAGGGCCGGGCCUUCGCCUGGGGUAUUCUGAAGUGGUGCGGCAUCGGAACCCUGGCAUCUUACACCAACGCCAUGAUCAAGUUUCUCCAGUCGAAGGUGUCUAUUGCUUUCCGGACUCGACUGACGCGGUACAUCCAUGACCUCUAUCUUACCAAGGAUAACAACUAUUACAAAUUGAUGAACCUUGACGGCAGUAUCGGCCAAGGGGCGGAUCAAUUUAUCACGCAGGACCUCACUCAGUUCUGUACUGCAGCAGCCUCGCUGUAUUCCUCGAUGGGCAAGCCCUUAGUGGAUCUGUUUGUGUUCAAUUACCAGCUAUAUCGCUCCUUAGGACCUUUGGCCCUCACUGGAAUCCUCACUGGGUAUUUCAGCACGGCAGCAGUCCUUCGGCGGCUCUCGCCCCCGUUCGGGAAGUUGAAGGCGGUAGAAGGGAAGAAAGAGGGAGACUUCCGGAGUCUGCAUUCCAGACUACUUGCUAACGCGGAAGAGAUCGCCUUCUAUGGUGGCGCAGAUAUUGAACGCGUAUUCCUGGCAAGAAGCUUCAAAGACCUCCAGCGAUGGAUGGAAGGUAUUUACAGCUUGAAGAUUCGGUAUAACAUGCUCGAGGAUGUGAUCCUCAAGUACGCCUGGUCCGCAUUCGGUUACCUCAUCACCUCUCUGCCCAUCUUUCUACCUGCCUGGGGCGGAUCUGGCGGGGCCCUGGAGUUGCUCGAUCUGCCGGAAGGCACCGGUCGGGAGCGCGACCGCAUGAGAGAAUUCAUCACCAACAAACGCUUGAUGCUGUCAUUGGCGGACGCGGGCGGCCGAAUGAUGUACAGCAUCAAGGACAUCUCAGAAUUGGCGGGAUACACAUCCAGAGUUUACAGCCUCAUUUCCACCCUCCACCGGGUUCAUGCAAAUGCAUAUUACCCACCACGCGACUCUGGCGCGGAACUUUACUCUUUGGCUGAUGUCCAGGGAACCAUUCACAAUGGCUUCGAUGGGGUGCGCCUUGAGCAAGUUCCCAUCGUCGCGCCAUCCCUCUAUCCCCGCGGUGGAGACGAGCUUUUGGAGUCGCUGUCGUUUGUAGUGCACUCGGGAGACCAUCUUCUGAUCUCUGGACCCAAUGGCGUGGGUAAGUCUGCCAUUGCUCGGGUGACCGCGGGGAUCUGGCCGGUGUACCGUGGCUUGGUCAGUCGGCCCCGGGGCUUCGGGCUCGACGGCAUCAUGUUCCUGCCCCAACGGCCGUAUCUCAGCGUCGGAACCCUGCGCGACCAGGUCAUUUACCCGCACACGGAGAUCGACAUGCGCGAGGCCGGGGUAUCCGAUGCUGCGCUGCAGAAAGUGCUGGAUGAUGCGCAUCUGGGCUACCUGCCUUCGCGAGAGGGUGGAUGGGAUGCUCGGAAGGAGUGGAAAGACGUAUUGAGCGGCGGCGAGAAACAGCGCAUGGCCAUGGCCCGUAUCUACUACCACGAACCCCGGUAUGCAUUCUUGGAUGAGGGAACCUCUGCAGUCUCGUCCGACGUGGAGGGGUUGCUGUAUGAUCGAGCGAAGGAGCGAGGGAUCACGGUCAUCACGAUCUCCACGCGUGCAUCGCUGAAGAAGUAUCACACCUACAGCUUGACCAUCAAUAUCGGCGCUGAGGGAGAGCAGUGGGAGUUGGAGAGAAUCGGCACGGCUAAGGAGAAGUUGGGAGUCGAGAAGGAGCUGCAAGAAAUUCGCAAGCGGCUAGACAAGGUGGAAGACUUGAAACGACGUCGAGAGGAGAUCGAGGAUGAGUUACGCAAGGUCUGGGGUGAUUAUACUGGGGAAGCGGGGAAGGGCGCAAUUGUGAUCCCCAUUGACCGAACAUACAGCGAUGGGGAUCGAGCUGCAUGGCCCACGGGGGAUAAAUUCGACAAGCCCGAUGACAGCUACUAUCGGCGCAAGAUCGCUAGUCUGUGGGUGCAAAGGGUGGGCACUUACAAACCUGGAAAGGACUACAUUCUGGAUACGUUACCGGAUGGCUAUGCCAUCUUCGAUAGACCGCGUGGAACGAACCCUGAUAUCAUGGCCUUCCAAUCAGACGAGGGGUUGGUCGGCCUCGCGGGAGACCCUUCGGGACGCCUUCCGGACACUCCACCCCUGUCAAGCCUUGGCCGCACCCCUGGUCGACCUGCCACUGGCCUACGCACCUCCGGCAGAGUCCCCGGCAGGCCGCCGGGGUCCAGCAUGAACUAUAUUUCCGACAGCGAAGGCACGCCCGACGUGUUCAAGACGGCCGUCCUUAAACUCAGGGUAAAUGGCCAGCUGGACGAGGCUAUUAGGGAACCACUCAGCAUGGACUGGCGAGCCGAGCGGACGCCACUCAAGGAAUACCUGCAGAAGCUGGACAUGCUGCCGUCGUUUGUGCCCCGCGCGGGGGAACUGGUGCUCUGGACCCCCGAGUACCAAGGGAAACUGGCCUGGAACCAUGAGGAAGGGCAGGUCCAGAUCUACAAGAACGAGCAAUGGCACGGAGCCCCCGACUGGCGAUGCAUCAGGCCAUUUGCUGCAUACGAGCAUUUCUUACAGGGGAUCCCUCGGGAGAAACUGCAUCCGUCCAUCGAAUAUGCCAUGACCGUGAUGGCCUCGUUCAGCUUGCUCGAGAAAUACCACAUCAAAGGCACGUGGCCCGAUGCAGCGAUCUACUGUCGUGGGAUCUUCCUCGGGGCGGAACUCCUGGCAGUCGGUGACGCUGUCCGCCUGAAACCACGUGGAUAUGACCCGGACGCCGCCGGUGAGCCUACUUCCCCACCCGUCAUGGACGUUAUGGUCAUCCACGAAAUCCGUCUGGAGCUGAAGGAGUGUGACGCCGACGCGCGAUCCAAACAACUGGCGGAGACGUACCAGGUGCGUAUCCAGGGCAAGGUGUACACUAACAACCGUGAACGCGCCUCGCCCCUUAGUCCAGACGCCCCACCGCCCCAGCCGUUAUCCCCGGACGAAGUAGUAAGUGCAUUCCACUAUGUCGGGAUGAGCGGGUACGGCGAGUGGUAUUCCCUGCAUUCGGGAGCAAUGGUGAACGUGUCUCAAGACAUGAUUCUGGGCCGGUGUUACGAGCCCGACGCCAUGCAACUACUGUUCCGCUCGCUGGCGCUGAACUACGAUCUGCACGGGGUGCUCCGCGGCCGGGACUACUCGCGGCAGACCGACGAGCGCAUCCGGCCGGGCAAGCGAUGGUUCUGGGGCGACUUCCGCACGCAGACCCUCGCGAUUGAUACGCUCAACGGCGAGGACGUCGGGCACUUCAGCGACGUGCGCGACGUCAAGAUGUGGCGGGCCAACCUCCGGGUCAUCGAUGGCACUGCCAAAGCGGUGGAUUACCGCGAUGCGAAGAUCCCCGGCGACGUGGGCCGGCCGUCCACCAAGACGGCGUCCAACUUCGCCAAGGUGGGCAAGCUCAGCAAGCUGGUCAGUACCGGGCUGGGCGCGGUGGACGGCAGUGCGCCGGGGAGUUCGGCGGAGGACGGAGGGACAAGCCAAAUCUCUGCGGAGAGUGGAUCGGAGGAUGAGGAAGAGGAGGAUUACAUGCUACGCAUUGAUCAACUACGCGGCGGAACGGAGGAGACCGAGGGAGGCGACUAUCAUCCUGCCAACGAGGAGAAGCCUCACAAUAAACGGGUACGAAUGAUGGAGAUGAGCUAG